AUGGCUGAGGAAAAGAAAUCACCACUUCCCCUUUCCACACAAGGAGAGAACCCAACAGGGGGAGGUGUACUUAACGAAGAAGGAGGAAGGAGCACAAGCACAAUGAGUCACCGCGACGAGCUUGCGCCGUCGCCGCCUGCCUUCGCCAUGUACGAAAGGCACGAGGAGAAGAAAGAUCCGGAGCAGGCCCACAAGCAUAAGAUCGAGCAGGAGGUCGCCGAAGCGGUCGCCGUCGGCGGCGCCGGUUUCGCUUUCCACGAGCACCAUGAGAAGAAAGAAGCACACAAACAUGAGCAUUAG